AUGGGGGAAAAUGAAGACGAAAAGCAGGCCCAGGCUGGGCAGGUUUUUGAGAACUUUGUCCAGGCUUCCACAUGCAAGGGCACCCUCCAGGCCUUCAACAUCCUCACUCGACACCUGGACCUAGACCCUCUGGACCACAGAAACUUUUAUUCCAAGCUCAAGUCCAGAGUCACCACCUGGAAGGCCAAAGCCCUGUGGUACAAAUUGGACAAGCGAGGAUCCCACAAGGAGUAUAAGCGAGGGAAGUCGUGCAUGAACACCAAGUGUCUCAUCGUUGGGGGAGGACCAUGUGGCUUGCGCACUGCCAUUGAACUUGCCUACCUGGGGGCCAAAGUGGUCGUGGUGGAGAAAAGGGACACCUUCUCCCGCAACAACGUGCUGCACCUCUGGCCUUUUACCAUCCAUGACCUGCGGGGCCUGGGAGCCAAGAAGUUCUACGGGAAGUUCUGUGCUGGCUCCAUUGACCACAUCAGUAUUCGUCAGUUACAGCUCAUCCUAUUCAAGGUGGCCCUGAUACUGGGAGUUGAAAUCCAUGUGAAUGUGGAGUUUGUGAAGGUUUUAGAGCCUCCUGAAGAUCAAGAAAACCACAAAAUUGGCUGGAGGGCAGAAUUUCUCCCUGCAGACCACUCCCUGUCGGAGUUUGAGUUUGAUGUCAUCAUUGGUGCCGAUGGCCGCAGGAACACAUUGGAAGGGUUCAGGAGGAAAGAGUUCCGUGGGAAGCUGGCUAUUGCCAUCACCGCCAACUUCAUAAACAGAAACAGCACAGCCGAGGCCAAGGUGGAGGAGAUCAGUGGCGUGGCUUUCAUCUUCAAUCAGAAAUUCUUCCAGGACCUUAAAGAAGAAACAGGGAUCGAUCUCGAAAACAUUGUUUACUACAAGGACUGCACCCACUAUUUUGUCAUGACGGCCAAGAAGCAGAGCCUGCUCGACAAAGGUGUCAUCAUCAACGACUACAUCGACACAGAGAUGCUGCUGUGCACAGAGAACGUGAACCAGGACAACCUGCUUGCCUAUGCCCGCGAAGCCGCAGACUUCGCCACCAACUACCAGCUGCCGUCUUUAGACUUUGCCAUGAACCAUUACGGGCAGCCCGACGUGGCCAUGUUCGACUUCACCUCCAUGUACGCCUCGGAGAACGCGGCCCUGGUGCGCGAGCGUCAGUCCCACCAGCUGCUCGUGGCCCUGGUGGGCGACAGCUUGCUUGAGCCCUUUUGGCCCAUGGGCACAGGCUGUGCCCGCGGCUUCCUGGCGGCCUUUGACACAGCAUGGAUGGUGAAGAGCUGGGACCAGGGGGCUCCUCCUCUGGAGCUGCUGGCUGAAAGAGAAAGUCUUUACCGCCUGUUACCUCAAACAACCCCAGAGAACAUCAACAAGAACUUUGAUCUGUACACGUUGGACCCUGGGACACGGUACCCAAACCUCAACUCCCACUGUGUCCGACCCCAUCAGGUGAAGCAUUUGUACAUCACUAAGGAGCUGCACCACUGCCCUCUCAAGAGGCUGGGUUCAGUGAGGAGAUCUGUCGGCCUCUCCAGGAAGGAGUCAGACAUUCGGCCCAGCAAGCUCUUAACCUGGUGCCAGCAGCAGACCGAGGGCUACCAGCACGUCAACGUCACCGACCUGACCACAUCCUGGCGGAGUGGCCUGGCCCUGUGUGCCAUCAUCCACCGAUUCCGGCCCGAGCUGAUCAACUUUGACUCUUUGAAUGAAGAUGACGCUGUGGAGAACAACCAGCUGGCAUUUGACGUGGCUGAGCGUGAGUUUGGCAUCCCCCCAGUGACCACGGGCAAGGAGAUGGCGUCUGCCCAGGAGCCCGACAAGCUCAGCAUGGUCAUGUACCUCUCCAAGUUCUACGAGCUCUUCCGGGGCACCCCCCUGAGGCCCGUGGACUCUUGGGGCAAAAACUAUGGAGAAAAUGCUGACUUGGGCGUGGCCAAAUCAUCUCUUCCUCAUAACUAUCUCAACCUCACAUUUCCAAGGAAGAGGACUCCACGAGUGGACAACCAAACCGAAGAGAAUAAUGACAUGAACAAACGGAGGCGGAAAGGCUUCGGCAGCCUGCGUGAGCGUUCAGCUUUUUCCAGCCAGAGUUUGGGCUCCAGUCAAGAGGACAGCAGCAGUAAAGAAGGUGGAAAUCAGAACAAAGUCAAGUCCAUGGCAAGUCAGCUGCUGGCCAAGUUUGAGGAGAACUCUCAGAAGCCUUCGCUCCAGAAGCAGGAACGCCGUGUCUCAGGGGUAGGUAUGCCUGUCCUGCGCUCAUCCUCUGACCCUCCUGUUAACUCUCGCUGUCUCAAGCCAGAAGAGGCCACAACCAGCCCAUCACCUCCUCUGAAAAGGCAGUUCCCCUCUGGGGUUGUGCCGGGGCACGUGCUCCGAGAGAUAAACCAAGUGUCUGCUGGUGGAGAGUGCCCGAGCCGGCCCUGGAGAGCCAGAGCCAAGUCUGAUCUGCAGCUGGGUGGGCCAGAAAACCGCGCUGCCCUGCCUCCUGCCUGCCAGGAAGCACUGGCCCUGUCCGGGGUGCUGCGGCGGCUGCAGCUGGUGGAGGAGAAGAUUCUCCAGAAGAGGGCUCAGAACUUGGCCAACAGGGAAUUUCACAAAAAGAAUAUUAAGGAGAAGGCAGCCCACCUGGCCUCCAUGUUUGGACACGGGAAUUUCCCACAGAAUAAACUACUCUCUAAAGGCCUGUCUCCCACUCAUCCUCCGUCUUCUCCCUCCUGCCUUCCGUCUCCUGAUCCAGCUGCCACUUCCUCUCCGUCGGCUGCUGACUCUGUUUCUCCUGCCAAAAAGCUGACAGUAGGGAAAGUGUCCAGUGGAAUAGGGGCUGCAGCUGAAGUCCUGGUCAAUCUGUACAUGAAUGAUCACAGACCUAAGGCCCAGGCUACCUCUCCAGACCUGGAAAGUAUGCGAAAGGUGUUUCCCCUGAACCUGGGCGGCAGUGACACCUGUUACUUCUGCAAGAAGCGCGUGUAUGUGAUGGAGCGGCUGAGCGCCGAGGGCCACUUCUUCCACCGGGAGUGUUUCCGCUGCAGCGUCUGUGCUACCACCUUGCGCCUGGCUGCCUACGCCUUCGAUGGUGAUGAAGGCAAGUUUUUCUGCAAGCCUCAUUUCAUUCACUGUAAAACCAAUAGUCAGCAACGGAAGAGACGGGCAGAGUUGAAGCAACAAAGAGAGGAGGCCCUGUGGAAGCAGCAGGAAGGCCCCGGGCGAGACCCCCCCGCGGAAAGCUCCUGCGCGGCCGCCGCCCUGGAUGAGCCGACCUCCCCCAAGAAACCCAAGAGCGUCCCGGAACCAGAGCCUGGUGAUGUGGAAGGUGAAGCCACCUCCCCGCCACCCUCAGAGUGGACCUCCGUGAGGAUCAGCCCCGGGGAGGACGUGGUUGGGCAGGACGUGCUGGCGGUGUGUGUCCUGGUCACCAGCGAUGACAGCAGCUCCGAUGAGUUGAACUGCGGCAGCAGCGAGGCCUCCAGUGCAGAUCCCUGUGAGGAGAGACCCCAACAACCGAAACCCCUGCCUCUCCUGCAGCCCAUUACCCGUCACAGUUCCCUGAGGGAACCCCUGACCAGGGCAGCCUCUGCACAGGGCCCUGAGGAGCCCCGAGCUCUGCACGCUCUACAACGGGCCAGCAGCUUCCAGUCCCCAACUCCCAGCAAAUACCAGAGCUGGAGAAGAAAAUUCCAGUCAAGUUCGAUGCCAGUGAACAGUGAAGGAACUGUGUCACCUCCAAAGGAAGCUUCUCCUGUGUCUCCGUCGCCCUUGUCCUCGGCUUCGGCCUCCCCAGCGUCCUCCUCAGGCAGUGUCCCAGGCAAUGCUCCAGGCGGUUCCCCUCCACCUCAGGUCUCAAGAGGUCAUUUCAGUCCUUCCACCCCAAUCUUUCUGAGGCGAGCCCGAGCCCAAGGAGCACCCAAAGAAAUCCCUCUAUAUCUGCCUCAUGGCCAAGUGCUGGAGCAGGCAGAGUACUGCCUGGUGGGGCCUGGGGGAGGUGGCCUUGCAAGUCCCACGCCACCCAGCCCUGCAGAGAUGGCUCCUGAUGACUGUCAGGACACCUUCAGCACCCACAGAGGCCCACAACCUGUUAUAGGGAAGGACAGGUGCUUGCCAGACCAAGAUCCGUCCCCUAGGGCUGGAGAGGCCUCAGGAGAAGGGAAUCCUGAUUCCUGGAGGGAAGAAGAGGGUGGGUCAAAGCUGGCCGAGGGGAAGAAGGUGGGCUUAAAGAAGUUAGCCCUCACUCAGGAGCAGAAGACCAGGUUGCUGGAUUGGAAUGACAUCCACACAGAGAGCCUGCGCCUCGAAGCUGGGCCACAGCUUUCCCCAAAAAGUGCCGAGAACGGUAGAAGGGGCCGUGUGCCGAAGCCAGUCCAUCCCUUGCUGCUCCCUCGGGCAGAGAGAGAGACCCCGCCAGCCCAGGCAGAGGCUCAGACGAGGGGGACCCCAACUGAAAGGACUCUGGAGAAGCGAAACGUGUCUCCACCAAAGUCCCCGCUAAGGCUCAUUGCCAAUGCCAUCAGCAGAUCCCUGGGGGCCUUGCUUCCCAACUCUGAAGGUGGGAGGAAGGCCUGGGCCAAGCCAGAAUCAAGGACUUUGCCCACCAGCCAGCCGCAAGCUUGCACUCGCUCCUUCAGCCUUCGGAAAACCAGCCCCAGUAAAGACUGGGACCAGCAGUCCCCUGGGAGAGACACGGCGAGCAGGGCCUCAGCCGCCUUCUCCUCGGGCACCCCACCUGUUAGGGCUGCCAAGCUUUACCCCGACGGCCUUCCCGACCCUGCCCUCCGCACCCAGAGUUUACCCACCCGGCGCUCCAGGAUGUCCCCUGCAUUCGCUUCCCCAGCCUGCAACAAGGUGGAAGAUGUCCCCACCCUCCUCGAGAAAGUGAGUCUGCAGGAGACCUUUCCAGAUGCUUCUAGGAGUCCAAAGAGGAAAAUCCCAUUCUUUUCCUCCCUCAGAUUCAAAGACAGAUCUUUUGAGAGUUCCCUCCAAGAACCCAGACAAAGAAAGGACCUCCGUGACAUCUUUAGCAUCUCCAAGGGGAGGGUGCAGCCUGUGGACAACUCGCCCCUGGAGAGGCGGGCGCAGCCUUUCCGCUCCCUGGGCCAGAGGGUCCCUCCUUCUCCAGAGGAAGAUGCAAGUCCCAGGCACACCCCCGUCAGGGCGCAGGUGACAGGGGCUAACUCCUCCACCGCCUCCUCCUCAGCAGAUGAAGACUUCGACCCCCAGCUCUCCUUGCGGUCACAGGAGAGGAAGACACUUAGAAGAAGAAAGAAGCUGGAAAAAGCAACAAAACAAUUGCUUAAGCAAGAAGAAUUGAAAAGACUUCAUAAAGCUCAGGCCAUCCAGAGGCAGCUGGAGGAGGUGGAGGAGCGGCAGAGGGCUUCGGAGAUCCGGGGCGUGAGGCUGGAGAAGGCGCUGCGAGGAGAAGCAGAUUCAGGCACACAGGAUGAAGCACAGCUUUUGCAGGAAUGGUUUAAGCUGGUUCUGGAGAAGAAUAAAUUAAUGCGAUAUGAGUCGGAGCUCCUGAUCAUGGCCCAGGAACUAGAAUUAGAAGAUCAGCAAAGCAGACUGGAGCAGAAAUUAAGAGAGAAAAUGCUCAAGGAGGAGAGCCAGAAAGAUGAGCAAGAUCUCAACGAGGAGCGAGAAAUAUUCGCCGAGAUGAUGCAAGUGAUCGAGCAGAGGGACAGACUCGUGGAUUCCUUGGAGGAGCAGCGCAUCAGAGAGAAGGCUGAAGACCAGCGCUUCGAAAGCUUCAUCUUCUCCAGGGGCUGCCAGCUGAGCAGGACGUGA